AUGUUAAACACCUCCAUCUUCAUACUGUUCCACGUGCCGGUUUUUAGUUUUGGCUCUGGCAACUGCCACAAAGAAAGUUGCACGGCGCCGUUUUUCAUCCCUUCCCACAGCUCUCCCUCCUUCGGCGACCUCAGGCAUACUUUACAUGUCACGCUCAUGUUAACCAACAACGUUGUUUGCUAA